CGGGGCUGAGAGCGGGCGGGCUCGAGCUGCAGGUCGCGCGGCCGCGGAGGCUCAGGCGGGAUGGAUGCCAUCAAGAGCGGUUGGUUCACGGAGACGUCGAGCCUGUGGCCUGGACAGGCCAUGUCCCUGGAGGUGCAGGAGGUGCUGUACCAGCGGCGCUCCCGCUACCAGGAGGUGGUGGUGUUCAAGAGCAAAACCUAUGGAAACGUGCUGGUGUUGGAUGGUGUGAUUCAGUGCACGGAGAGAGACGAGUUUGCUUACCAGGAGAUGAUUGCAAACCUAACCCUUUGCAGCCACCCUAAUCCCAAAAAGGUGCUGAUUAUCGGCGGCGGGGAUGGCGGGGUACUGAGGGAAGUGGUCAAACAUUCCGCGGUCGAGUCGGUGGCACAGUGCGAGAUUGACGAGGAUGUAAUAAAUGUUUCCAAAAAGUACUUGCCAGGCAUGGCUCUGGGCUUCUCCAGCCCCAAACUGAAGCUCCAUGUUGGGGACGGCUUUGAGUAUAUGAAGGAGAACCAGGAUGCCUUCGACGUGAUUAUCACCGACUCGUCAGACCCAGUAGGCCCGGCUGAGAGCCUGUUUCAGGAGUCGUAUUACCAACUGAUGAAGAAUGCUCUACGCCAGGGAGGGAUCCUCGGCUCCCAAGGUGAAUGCCAGUGGUUACACCUUGACCUGAUCAAGGAGAUGCGCAGGUUCUGUAAGUCCUUGUUCCCUGUGGUGGAGUACGCCUACAGCACCAUCCCCACCUACCCCAGUGGACAGAUCGGCUUCAUGCUGUGCAGCAAGAAUCCUGAAACAAGCUUCCGGGAGCCAGUGAGGCAGCUGUCAGGGGAGGAGGUGGAGCGAAUGCAGCUCAGAUACUACAACGCAGACAUGCACCGAGCAGCAUUUGUCCUGCCUGAGUUUGCCAGAAAGGCUCUCAGCAACGCAUAAUUUGUGAAUCCCGUUGUCUCCUCGGUUGAUCGAUCGCUGCUGUGACCAUCGGCACUUGGACGGGGGGAAGCAAACGGUUUUACAAAAUAUAUCUCAUCGACUUUGUUUUUAGUGGAUUCUUCCAACCCUGUCAACCAACCGGCAAAUUAACCCUCUCCACACUUCCGGGAACAAAACUGCCCUGAGCUGAACUGCCCAGGAAGAGCUGCUGUUCAUGUGACUUUCAAACAGGGACAUGAAUUUCAAUAAUUUAUAUUAUAUAUUAUAUAUAUUACGUAUGUUCGGAGAGUCACGGUCUGAUGUCUUCCUUUCUCUCGGGGGACAUUUGGUCAGGUCUGUGCCAGAUAUCUGCUGUCUGUACAGACUGGAAAGGGUUAAGAAGUUCCGGGGAAGGUGGGAAGGGGGAGAGAGAAUGAGAGACAGAGAGAGAAAUUGCUUAAUUUAUAUAUUAAAAAAACACAAAAAUUGUUCCUGCUGCCAUUUCGUGGAACUGAUGAGGGAAAAGGAACUGGGGAUAUGUGUCAGCACAUUAACAGCAACACCGGCAGAGUCCCACCCUGGAGACUUGGGAAUCAUUCAAUUGUUGCACGUUGAGUGUGUCUUGUUUCUUCCCCCACCCCCCUUUGCCUUUACACAUGUGCCUCCAGCUCGCGCUCUCUAUCUCGUGUCCCAUCGGUUUGAAAUGAUUAUCUUGGGUGGACAUCGUGCCUGGCUCCCAGCGCGAUCUCGGGCUUGUUGCAGGGUGACCAUUUCCUGGGGUCUCCGCUCCUCUGAGUUGGGAGGGGGGGGAGCCACGGCUGCCAGGUUUCCAACACAACUGCACCUCAACGGUGAUGAGGGAGUGACCUGGGUUGGUGAUGUCCCAGUGAGUCAGGAGGAGGAGUGUGGAUGGUGUGGGUGGGUGAGGGAGAGAUGAUGCUUACUCCCCUUCCAAUGACUGUGUGUCAGCUGCUGGAGAUUGCCCUGAUCAAGAGCAGCAGCGGUUCAAUGACUGUUGUAACAGGAUGGAGUCUCCCGUUCACUCCGGAUGUCCUGGCUUGUAAUCCUCAGGCUAAUGUCGGAGGUUCUCUUCCUGGCUGUUUGUGGGACUGUGCUGGGUGCAGCCUGGCCAACCCUACUUUGCCUCACGACCCUCAGGCGGUGAUUACUGUAAAGUGCUUUGAGAUGUUUUGAUAAGGCCAAAUCAAAAUGCAAUGAUUAUUAUUAUAAUCUUGUGAGCUUCUGGCAAGUACCAGACCCAUAAAUAAAGUUGACGGUUAAACCUG